AUGGCUGACGUUGGACGAAGUUCAAUUGAAGAUGAUUUUAUGUAUGGCAGUAAUGUCGCAUCAUGUCAUAUUCAUAUUCGCAUGCAAUUUUUACGUAAGGUUUAUGGUAUUGUUGCUGCACAACUAUGUCUUGUUGCAUUAGUAUCAACAAUAAUGGUAUCAUUAGAAGGUGUAAAAAUGUUUUUUCAAAAUAAUCCUGGUUUUUUGUUAUUAAUGUUUUUGGCAACGAUGGUUAGUUUAUUAGCUGUAUAUGCAAAACGUUUAGAACAUCCAACAAAUCUUUAUUUACUUGCACUAUUUACUUUAUUUGAAUCAUUUACAAUUGGAACAAUUGUUUCAUUUUUCGAUAAAAUCUUAGUUAUUCAAGCUGUUAUUUUAACAGCUGUUAUUGUCGUUGGUUUGACAGUAUAUACAUUUCAAACUAAACGAGAUUUCUCUGCCAUGGGAGCUGGUUUAUAUGCAUGUUUAUUGGUUUUAAUUGCUGGCGGAUUUCUUCGAAUAUUUAUCGGUGGUCCAAUUAUGGAAUUAGGUUUAGCAUUAGGUGGUGCACUUUUAUUUAGUCUUUACUUAGUUUAUGAUACACAACAAAUUAUGCGUAAAACUUCACCAGAAGAAUAUAUUGAUGCAGCUAUACAAAUUUAUCUCGAUAUUACACGUUUAUUUAUCGAAAUUUUACGUAUACUUGAAGCAUCACGAAGAAAUUAA